AACCUAUGAGGGUCAAACUGAAAUAGGCCAAAAGCAACUCUUGCUGUUCCCUCACAUCCACAUGCCUGAUUCUCAUCCAAAGCUUAGCUAAGGAUAAACCAUUCUGCUGUCAACAAGAAAACAAUGAUAACAAAGAAAUGGAAGACACAACAUGGGAUCAGAGAAUCCAAGCAUUAACACACAUCAUACUCGAUCCCACAACCAAACCAUCUUUUGAAUCCCAAAUCUUCAUUUCUAACCAUGUCCCCUGUUACCUCAAUUGGGACUAUCCACCAAUUCUGUGCACCAAAUAUUCCACAACCACUUUCCCUUCUGUGUAUAUGAGAUGGGCUUUCUCAGUUUUCCUCAAAAAGGUUUCAAGACUUGGUGCACCUGAAACAUCUUGGAGGUCCAAAUGCCCAUAUCUACAACCCCCUCCAUUGAUACUGGCCAGGGGAGUGGAGGAAGCUCAGUGGGGAGAUGAAGAGAGGAGACAGUAUGUGAGGAAAAGGUUCAAAAGGAGGCUUUUUAGGAGUGAUGUGAACCCUUUUAUUCCAUUUCUAGUGCCUAAUGUCUUGUUGUUCUCUCUUCUGUUGUGGAACCCUUUUCCAAUUGAGGGCGUAGAUAACUAGAUUCUUGAUUUUUGAGCUUGUUUUUGUAAUAGGACUGUUCUAGUUUUAUGUUCUUUAAUCUAAACUAGUGGAUAUAUGUAUCUGAUUCUAAUUGAAUAAUAAGAUGUUCAUUGACCUAA